AUGGCCUUACAGCUAUCUAGAAGAGAAGUGGAAGACUUGAGGUCGUCUAUAGACCGGGCUAUAUAUAGAACUAUAGGAAAAUCUGAUAGUUCUUUACUAUCUACAGUCUCUUCUUGUUUAACAAAUGGGUAUGAACGGCGAAAGAUAAUCGAUAGAAUAUCGUCUCAUAUUGACUCAAAAAAAGCAAGCAAACUUGCUGACAAAGUUAUAGCUUUGGCUCAAGAACUGAUAUCGUCAUCAAAAUCACAAAAACGGAAACAUGAGAGUAACGAUAAAGACAAAGAUAACAAAAGGUCACGUCAUGAUGAUAAACAUGAAUCUCGUGAUGAAAGAAGGGAAAGACAUGACAGAGAUAAGGAGAGGGAGAAAGAUAGAGAUGAUAAAGAUAAUGGAUUGGAAAUACCUUCUAUAAUACCCGAGGAUGGGACUGUCGGCUCCAAGAUGGCUGGUUUGAGUGCAGAUAAAAUUAAGCUUAUGAUGGCCAAUGCACAAAAAGAAAUUGAGGAAAGAAAGAGAGCGCUAAUGGCAAUAAAAGGAGACAAGGGAAAUGUUAAUGUUGCAGCUCAAACCGCUAAACAGAUAAACAACCAGAUGCAAGGCUCUUUAGCCCCACCUAGUGUCAUCAAGCCGAUGCUGUAUUCAAGGCCUUUAACUGGAGUCAUUUCGGCAGCGGAAUUGGAGAAGCAGCAGAAAAUAGCUGAGCUACAGGCGAGGAUACAGAGGAAAUUGGCUGGAGGAGCUCUGCAGCCUGGUUUAUCUGGACCAGCUCCGUUGAUUCUUGAUAGAGAGGGACGGACGGUGGACCCAGCUGGUAGGAGAGUGCAUUUGACCCAAGUCGCACCGACACUAAAGGCGAAUAUUCGAGCGAAGCGUCGGGAGGAGUUCAAAGCGCAGCUCUCGGGUCAAGCAGCCAGCGAUGUCCCCGUGGAGGCAUCAUGGAUGGACUCCAGGGUGCCGAGCAAAGCGCCCAUCAGGCUCAAGAGGGCCCUACGGUUCCAUGAACCGGGGAAAUUCAGGCAGAUGGCUGAGAGAUUGAGAAUGAAAGCGCAACUGGAGAAAUUGCAGAAUGAAAUAUCGCAAAUUGCAAGAAAGACAGGAAUAUCGUCGGCGACCAAGUUGGCCCUGCUCGCGUCUGAUGUGCCGGAUUCUGAUAGAGUUCCCGACAUUGAAUGGUGGGACAGUGUCAUCCUAAUGACACCUGAAGAGCGUGAAUCCAGACGUAAAACCUCCGAGAAAGACGAACGGACGGACAUACAACGGGUCGAGGAUUGCAAUAUCGGUGAAGACGAUAUUGUUGAUAAUCUAAACGCUGACGCCAUCACAAAUCUCGUGGAGCAUCCACAACAGUUGAGGCCGCCAAGUAAGUUGAUUGGAUUUGAAUUCACGACCCUCGUGUUGACGGGCAAUAGGCUAUAUGACAAAAUAUAUAAAAUACUAGUAGACUCGGCCAAGCGUUGCUCUGGCUAA